AUGAAAAUUGUUCAUCGAGAUGUCAAGGCAACGAAUAUAUUGUUGGAUGAGAAACUUACGGCCAAAUUGUCGGACUUCGGAGCUUCAAAACUGGUUCUUGACGACAAAACUCGACUUUCAACUUUAAUGCAGGGCACAAUGGGAUACUUGGACCCCGAAUAUCUUCAAUCCAACACACUAACAAAAAAGGGUGACUUUUAUAGCUUUGGAGUUGUCCUCGUGGAGCUACUGACAAGCGAGAAUGCAAUUCGUUUUGAUAAAUCCAAGGCAGAGAGAAACCUGGCCAACCUCUUUGUUUCUACAAUUGAAGACAAAGGUCUGCGCGCACUGGGUCCAAUUCUUGAUGAUGAAAUAGUCAAGGAUGGAAACUGGGAGAUCAUCAAAAAAGUUGGGAAGCUUGCCGAAAGAUGCUUAAGUGUGAAAGGAUACGAAAGGCCUACCAUGGAAGAAGUAGCGAGAAUGUAG